AUGGCACCAUCUUUUCUGGAAAUUCCAGAUCUUCCGAUGGAAAUGAUAAUGAAUAAUUUGGAUUUUUUUGCAAUUCAAUCAGUUCGCAAAACUUGUUGGGACCUUCGGAACUUUAUUGAUGACAAGAAACCAGGAAUCUACAUGGAGCAAAUUAAUUUGCGUGCUAUAAGUGACGACGGAUACGAACAUAAAACUGUGGAAAACUUGAACUUUCUGGAUGCCGUUCUUCAUGAUUUCAAAGUUGUCCUAAACUCUCAAAAGUCAAUAUUCGAGAAGGUCACAGUAACUUCAAAGACGUUUUUUGAAAAAUUCGAAGAAACGAUGAAAUCACAAAAACCAAUAGCAACUGAACGUAUGGAUAUUUACGGGGAGUCUCUGGAACAAGGCCGUCAAAUUAUGCAGCAUGCGGACCCAAAAUAUCUCAAGAAAAUCAGCAUCUCUAUGAGUUCACCAAACAAUGGCGAGUAUGUAGAGUAUCCCAUCAAUAUUUUUGAAGCUGUGAAGUUUGAAUCGUCAAAAAACAUCCAUAACUUCUCUCAUUUCGCUACGACCUCUAUUCAGUUGGAUAAUCUAGACGUGGAGACGUUUCGAGCAAUAAAAGAGGUUUGUCUGUUCGUCCAGAUGUCCAUCUAUAUAAACUUGUUCAGAACUUUCUUCGAUUGCAUGAGAGUGCGAUAA